AUGUCUGAGCCCAUCAGAAACAAGAAGGCGGACUUCCCGGUCGCACCGACCCCGCAAAACACACCGGCCAACAAUGCUCCCAUCUCGUCCCACGCUCAGCAGCCUGGUGUAUCCAGCAUCGAGGAGGAAUCCCUUGACAAAGCCGCCGCUGCCUCGCUCUUCGCCCGCAACCCUGCUCUGGUCUCCAUGAUCCAAGGCAAGUUGGGUCAACUCGUCGGUCGCUCGUCAGGAUACAUCGAAUCUCUCCCCCCCUCCGUCCGCCGCCGUGUCGCUGGUCUGAAGGGUAUCCAGAAGGAGCACUCCAAGCUCGAGGCUCAGUUCCAAGAGGAGGUUCUGGAACUUGAGAAGAAGUACUUCGGCAAGUUCACGCCCCUGUACGAGCGUCGUUCUACUAUCAUCAACGGCGGUAUCGAGCCGACCGAGGCCGAGGUUGAGGCCGGAAAGGAGGAUGAGGAGAGUGAUGAGGAGGAGGAGACCAAGGAGGAGCCCAAGAAGGAGGAGGGUGAGGCCGCCAACGGCAUUCCCGAGUUCUGGCUUUCUGCCAUGAAGAACCAGAUCUCGCUUGCUGAGAUGAUUACCGAGCGCGAUGAGGAGGCUCUCAAGCACCUCACCGACAUUCGCAUGGAGUACCUUGACCGACCCGGAUUCCGCCUCAUUUUCGAGUUCUCUGAGAACGAGUUCUUCACCAACAAAACUAUCUCCAAGUCAUACUUCUACAAGGAUGAGAGUGGAUACGGUGGCGAUUUCAUUUACGACCACGCCGAUGGAUCCCAGAUUGACUGGAAGGAGGACCAAGACCUGACCCUCCGUCUGGAGAGCAAGAAGCAGCGCAACAAGAACACCAAGCAGACCCGCGUUGUUAAGAUCAGUGUGCCUACCGAAUCCUUCUUCAACUUCUUCUCGCCCCCACAGCCACCCGCCGAGGAUGACGAUUCAGUCGCCAGCGACAUUGAAGAGCGUCUGGAGCUUGAUUAUCAGCUCGGUGAGGAUAUCAAGGAGAAGCUUAUUCCCCGUGCCAUCGACUGGUUCACCGGUGAAGCUCUCCAGUUCGAGGAGCUCGGUGAGGAUUUGGAUGGUGAUGAGUUCGAGGAUGACGAUGAUGAGGAUGAGGAUGACGAAGAUGAGGACGAGGAGGAGCUCGGGUCGGACCGUGAUGUGGACGAAGAGGACACAGACGAAGAGGAUGGUACUUCCAAGCCCAAGAAGGAGGCCGCCGAGUGCAAGCAAAACUAA